AUGCAAGUGUUGGAAGAGAUCGCAAAGAAGCGUACCCGUCGUGCAGUGAAGUUCCAGAGGGCCAUCACUGGGGCCUCCCUGGCCGAGAUCAUGGCUAAGAGGAACCAGAAGCCAGAGGUCCGCAAGGCCCAGAGGGAGCAGGCCAUCAGGGCUGCCAAGGAGGUCAAGAAGGCAAAGGCAGCAACAAAGAAGCCUGCUGCCGCCAGUGCAAAGUCGGCUGCCAAGACUGCACAGAAGCCCAAGGUCGCCAAGACGAUGAAGAUCAACGCACCCCGUGUCGGUGGAAAACGCUAAACCCGUUUCAUUUGCGUUGUGAAUAAAACAUUUUUGUUUAACCAA